UUGAAGCAUUAAUAUGCUCGAGCCAUCUCCCAGGUGGAGUCAUGGCUUGAUUCCUAUAAAUGAUUAAUCUUGGGGAAGAAACACUUGAUUCAAAAAUUAAUUUGAGUAAACUUGCUAGUUUACAGAGUAACUUAUGUAAGUGGGACAUCAGUUGUUAUCUGAUGUGAAUAAGAAUUAACAUAAAGUGCUUUGCCUGGAAAGCUUUUCUCCUGCCUUUCUCAGCAGAGCAUUCCUUUCUAGGAGGAGAGGCAGAACAGUGUCUGACUGACAGCAUAGCACCUGGAGCCAGGUGUCUUCUGCUUUGAUACCAACUUUGCCACUUGUCAGCAGCAUGGCUUUGGGCGAAGUACUUCAUCACUCUUUACCUUGGCUUCCUAAUCUGUGAAGUGGGGAUGUUGAUAAUAAGACCUAACCUGGAGGAUCAUUGUGGGGCAAAACAUAUUCUUACUUUUAUGGACAAGAAGACCCAGGCUCAGAAAGUCAAGUGUCUUCCAAGUUCACGGAGCUGGUCUCACCCACCAAAUCAUAAUAAAUAUCUAUAUAUUUGGAGAUAGAGAUGAAAACCAUGUGGCUGUAUCCAGUUGGAGUGAAAAAUAUGAACUAUGAAGAAAGAAGGAGUUCUGCUUCUUCCAAAGGAGUGACUCCCAAAGGAGCAAGAAUUGACCAUAGGUUAUGGCUUGUGUUACAACACACUGACGUUGUCUUUGAGGCCAUCCACUGACGUCCUCACUCAUGGCAUAAGCAAGUUUUUCUGAAGAUGGAUCCUAAUAGAAUAUCAGAAGAUGGCACUCACUGCAUUUAUAGAAUUUUGAGACUCCACGAAAAUGCAGAUUUUCAAGACACAACUCUGGAGAGUCAAGAUACAAAAUUAAUACCUGAUUCAUGUAGGAGAAUUAAACAGGCCUUUCAAGGAGCUGUGCAAAAGGAAUUACAACAUAUUGUUGGAUCACAGCACAUCAGAGCAGAGAAAGCGAUGGUGGAUGGUUCAUGGUUAGAUCUGGCCAAGAGGAGCAAGCUUGAAGCUCAGCCUUUUGCUCAUCUCACUAUUAAUGCCACCGACAUCCCAUCUGGUUCCCAUAAAGUGAGUCUGUCCUCUUGGUACCAUGAUCGGGGUUGGGCCAAGAUCUCCAACAUGACUUUUAGCAAUGGAAAACUAAUAGUUAAUCAGGAUGGCUUUUAUUACCUGUAUGCCAACAUUUGCUUUCGACAUCAUGAAACUUCAGGGGACCUAGCUACAGAGUAUCUUCAACUAAUGGUGUACGUCACUAAAACCAGCAUCAAAAUCCCAAGUUCUCAUACCCUGAUGAAAGGAGGAAGCACCAAGUAUUGGUCAGGGAAUUCUGAAUUCCAUUUUUAUUCCAUAAACGUUGGUGGAUUUUUUAAGUUACGGUCUGGUGAGGAAAUCAGCAUCGAGGUCUCCAACCCCUCCCUACUGGAUCCGGAUCAGGAUGCAACAUACUUUGGGGCUUUUAAAGUUCGAGAUAUAGAUUGAGCCCCAGUUUUUGGAGUGUUAUGUAUUUCCUGGAUGUUUGGAAACAUUUUUUAAAACAAGCCAAGAAAGAUGUAUAUAGGUGUGUGAGACUACUAAGAGGCAUGGCCCCAACGGUACAAGACUCAGUAUCCAUGCUCUUGACCUUGUAGAGAACACGCAUAUUUACAGCCAGUGGGAGAUGUUAGACUCAUGGUGUGUUACACAAUGGUUUUUAAAUUUUGUAAUGAAUUCCUAGAAUUAAACCAGAUUGGAGCAAUUACGGGUUGACCUUAUGAGAAACUGCAUGUGGGCUGUGGGAGGGGUUAGUCCCUGGUCAUGUGCCCCUUUGCAGCUGAAGUGGAGAGGGUGUCAUCUAGCGCAACUGAAAGAUCAUCUGAAGGGGUAAAUUCUUUUGAAUUGUUACAUCAUGCUGGAACCUGCAAAAAAUACUUUUUCUAAUGAGGAGAGAAAAUAUAUGUAUUUUUAUAUAAUAUCUAAAGUUAUAUUUCAGAUGUAAUGUUUUCUUUGCAAAGUAUUGUAAAUUAUAUUUGUGCUAUAGUAUUUGAUUCAAAAUAUUUAAAAAUGUCUUGCUGUUGACAUAUUUAAUGUUUUAAAUGUACAGACAUAUUUAACUGGUGCACUUUGUAAAUUCCCUGGGGAAAACUUGCAGCUAAGGAGGGAAAAAAAAUGUUGUUUCCUAAUAUCAAAUGCAGUAUGUUUUUUCAUUCUUUUUAAGUUAAUAGAUUUUUCAGACUUGUCAAGCCUGUGCAAAAAAAUUAAAAUGGAUGCCUUGAAUAAUAAGCAGGAUGUUGGCCACCAGGUGCCUUUCAAAUUUAGAAACUAAUUGACUUUAGAAAGCUGACAUUGCCAAAAAGGAUACAUAAUGGGCCAUUAUGUAUCUGAAAUCUGUCAAGAGUAUUUAUAUAAUUGUUGAACAGGUGUUUUUCCACAAGUGCUGCAAAUUGUACAUUUUUUGUUUUUUCAAAAUAGAAAAGUUAUUAGUGGUUUAUCAGCAAAAAAGUCCAAUUUUAAUUUAGUAAAUGUUAUUUUAUACUGUACAAUAAAAACAUUGCCUUUGAAUGUUAAUUUUUUGGUACAAAAAUAAAUUCA